AUGCCCCGCCGGCUCGCCGGACCGCUUCGCCUCCUCCCUGACGCGCUUCACCGACCCUCGCCGUUCGCCUUCGCCGUGCUCCGCGCCACCUCGCCGCCCGUCUUCGUCCUACUCCACGACCGAAGCUCCUCCGCCUCGUCGCGCCAACCCCGACUCCUCCCCGAGCCCGCUGCCAUUCCCCGUCUGGCCCCCUGUGAGCCGCCACCUCCCCUCCUCCCUUUCUCCGCUCACCGCGCGUCGCCGUCGUGCCCCGCCCCCGACGGCCACCGCGAGCCCCUGCCCCUGCUCGCACGCCUGCGUGCAUCGUCGUGCUCACCGCGCCCGGUCCCCGUGCUGCUGCUCCUCGGCCUGCCUCUCUGCUGUGCCCGCACCAGCGCGCCACCACAGCCUCCUCCCGCUCGCGCCUGCUGCCAUGGUCGCGCGCGCCCUGCGCCGCACGUGCCUGCCCCCGACGCCCCUGCUCCUCGCGUAGCCGCCCCCUGCAGCUAG